AUGGAGGCUGCCUUGCUGAAGCCGGCGAUGAUGGCGGAGGUGAAGGGGAGCGGCGCCGGCUCUGCCGUCAGCGCCGAGCUGGAGGUGAAGAAGCUGCAGGAGCUGGUGCGGAAGCUGGAGAAGCAGAACGAGCAGCUCCGGAGCCGCGCCGCCGCCGCCGCGGUGGCCGCCGGCCCGCCCAGCCCGCACCUGCUGCUGGCCCCGCCGGCGGCCCCGGGCGGGCUGCGCCCCGCCAGCCCCCCCGCCGCGGGCCCGCCGUGCAUGCCCAGCCCGGUGCCCACCCUGCUGUGCCCUCCGGAGCCCCUCGCCUACUUCAAGCCCUCGCCCGGGCCGCCGGCAGCUGGCGGCGGGCAAGAAGGCGGCGGCGGUACGGGGGCGGCGGCCACGGUGCUGGACGAGGUGGCGGUGCUGGAGCUGGAGGACGGCUGCGGAGAGGACGAGGAUACAUGGUUGUACGUCUUGCCUACCAAGACUCGCACUCCUCAAGAGAAAUCACUGAGUCCUCUGCAGUGGUGCAGACGUGUUCUGGAUCAUCCAACUCCUGAGAUAGAAGCUGCAAAACGUUCCCUAUGCUUUAGAUUGGAGCAAGCUAGCCGAUGGCGGAACCUCUUCUCUACGCCUGUCUCCUUGGCUUUUCCCUAUAGUCCUGUUGCAAGACUCACCCCAUAUACCAAUGGCUGUAACAGUCCCAGCUUCUCUAAAACUUCCAGUAAAGCAAUACUAACACCCGAACGGACAGGGUACAUUUCUAGGAGUUCCCCUUUGAGUCCACAGUCAUCGAUAGACAGUGAACUGAGCACUUCGGAGCUGGAAGAUGAUUCCAUCUCCAUGGGAUACAAGCUGCAGGACCUCACUGAUGUUCAGAUCAUGGCUCGUCUACAGGAGGAGAGCCUUAGGCAAGAUUAUGCUUCAACUUCAGCAUCUGUGUCAAGGCACACUUCCAGUGUUUCUCUGCAUGCGGGAAAAAAAGGGACAUCCAGUGACCAGGAAUAUGAUCGCUAUAGUCUUGAGGAUGAGGAAGAGUUUGACCACCUUCCACCUCCGCAGCCACGUCUGACUCGCUGCUCCCCCUUCCAAAGAGGGAUUCCUCACUCACAGACUUUCUCCAGUAUCCGGGACUGCAGGAGGAGCCCUACUUCCCCGCAAUUCCCUACAAAUACUUAUCAGCAGCCCUUCUACUCUUCUCAAGCCCAAACUCCAGAGCAGCAACCAAAUAGGAUUAAUGGAGACAAACUCCGCAGAAGCAUGCCUAACCUCGCUCGGAUGCCAAGCACCCCCACCAUCAGCAGUACUGCUGGCUUUGCUGGUUCUCCUGUCACUGUGAGGAAUAGUCAGAGCUUUGACUCCAAUUUACAUGGAGCCAGUAAUGGGAUUUCGAGGAUGCAGUCAUGUAUUCCAUCACCAGGACAGCUUCAACACCGAGUUCACAGUGUGGGACAUUUUCCAGUGUCUGUCAGACAGCCUCUCAAAGCUACUGCCUAUGUAAGCCCAACUGUACAAGGGAGUAGUAACAGUAGCAGUAUUCCAGUGUCCAGCAACUCGCAGCUGUAUUCCAACACUGGGAUCCCAAUGCCAAACAAGACUGCUGGUCAAGGCAUCGUAGGGCGCAGUGCUCUUCCAAGACCAUCGCUGGCCGUCAAUGGGAGUGGCAUUCCCAGAAGUAAAAUUGCACAGCCAGUUCGAAGUUUUCUUCAGCCUCCAAAGCCACUGUCAUCACUGAGCACGAUACGAGAUGGGAACUGGAGAGACGGCUGCUAUUGAUGAAGGAUGC